AACUAAGGACACAACCUCACCUGAGAGGGAGCUCCAUACUGCGAUGGAUGAUAUCUCAUGUGAGGAGGAUGUGGUCAUGUGGCUGAAAGCAAAGGUGGAUUCCAGCAAGACCUUUGAGCUGUGUGUGUCUCGAGAUAAUAUGCUUGAAAGAGGUUUCAAGAUGUGGAAGCGUAAACAAAAGGCUACACCACUUAAUCCCUUAAGGAUGAAAUUCCUCUGAGAAGCGGGGAUCGAUACAGGGGCCCUUAGAAAGGAGUUUCUCACAACAAUGGUAUCUGGGAUUGAGCAACGCCUUUUUGAAGGUGGGAAGUCCAAAAUGCCCAAAUAUUCGGUGAAUGACUUUGCUGAAGAGCUCUUCAGGACUGCGGGUGAAAUCUUUGCUACAAGCAUUGCCCAAGGUGGACCUGCACCACGUUUCCUCCAGCCGUGGUGCUACGAGUUUCUAGCAUCUGGCAAGCUCUCAUUGGAUCACGUCCUGGACCCGAGUUUAUCACCGCUAAUAACCACAGUUGCAGAGGCGUCCGACUUGACCGACUACACUGCAGACAUUCUGGAUUGUGGCUAUACUGGCAAGAUCGACAUGAAACACAAAGAGAACAUUCUAAUAGCAAUCGGUCUGCAUGUCAUGACGAAAAGAAUGCCCAUGCUUCAGCAACUCCGUGAGGGCUUGGACAUCUACGGCUUCUCCCAAGUGAUGCAGGCAAAGACGGAAGAGUGCCGCAGUCUGUUUGUCGCCGGAGACGACGAGUCGGUGGACUCUCAUUACAUCACUUCCCAUCUGGUGCCAGAGAUGAGCGAAAGGGGCUGCAACAAGCAACGCAAGGAGAUCCUUGAACACUUUCAAGAUUUCUUGCACGAGCUGGAAGUUGCUGAACCAGAUGCCACGUCUGAAGACACCCCAACUGUACCCUCAGUGAUGCAGUGGAUUACAGGUCAAGCCCACAGACAUCUUCUUCUUUCUGAUCGCCAGAACUUCAAGAUCACAGUGAAGUUUGACCAUGACUGUCACAACAUGCCUAACCACAUAAUCUGUUACCCAACAGUCAGUGCUUGCACGGACACCAUAACAUUCCCCGUUGCACACGUCAGACUAUGAGUCAUUCAAAAAUGUCAUGACAAAAGCCAUUAAAUAUGCAGGAUUUGAUAGAGCGUGAUGCAUUGUGAUUCAUGUGUGUAAGCCCACAUGUUAUAUCCUCGAAUAUAAAUACCACCUUACGUACCAAAGUUUGUUUUGGAGUUCCGCAAGGUUCUGUACUCGGACCAAUC